GGAAAAUAGGAAAAUAAAAACAAAAUAAAUUGGAGUAAUAGACCAGGAUAAAAUUGUCCAACACGAUACGCAGCGAUAGGGCAGGAUAAAAAUGGAGUGCGGGGAGGAAGCUCGAUAAAAAUUAACGAAGCGGCAUCACCACUCACUCGUGGAUACUGGAUAACCAUAGCCCAGAGACCGGAAGUUCAGCCUCAUUUCACUUCGGCGCCUGUGUCUGUUCGUCCUACCAUAGUCCAGACCUCGCGUUCCUCAUCUGUUUGCCUCGCCAGUCGCCGACCUCGCGUUACAACUCCAGACUCUCCGUCCCUGCCUGACUUGCUCUGCGUGUGUGCAUCACGAACUCCGAAGUCCGAACUCAGAAGGGCGAAGCGGAAGAUUUGGGUAAAUCUCUAAGUUCGUAAGUGCAAGUAUGGAGAAUACAAACAUCCACACCUCUGGAAUGAUGUGGUUUUUCAAAGACAGAGGGUUCGAUGACAAGAGUAUCCACUUAAUGUUCCAAAAGUGCAGGCGUCUUGAGGACGCACAGAGUGAAAGUGCCUCCGAAAAUUGGGAUUACUUGAAAAGCAUAGGCGUUAUGGAGAGGAAACUUCCUUUCAUCAUCCGAAAGUGCCCCAAAAUCCUCACUCUUGGUUUGCAUGACAAACUGAUACCUAUGGUCCAAUGUCUUACCACAUUAGGAACAAAGCCCAACGAUGUAGCUUCUGCCAUUACCAAAUUCCCUCACAUACUCUCCCAUAGUGUUGAAGAAAAGCUCUGCCCUCUGCUGGCCUUCUUUGAAGCUCUUGGUAUUACUGACAAACAGCUCGGCAAGAUGAUUCUCCUAAACCCCAGAAUUCUAAGCUACGGCAUUGAAUCAAAACUCUCACUGAUUGUGGAUUUUCUUGCCGAUCUGGGCCUGUCCAAGGAAGUCAUGAUCGGUAAAGUUCUGGUGAAAUACCCGUUUAUAAUGGGUUAUAAUGUCGAAAACAGGCUGCGACCCACAUCUGACUUCUUGAAGUCAUUGGGCCUGACGGAGAUUGAUCUGCAAAGGGUGGUUCUCAAUUUCCCGGCAAUUUUGUGCAGAGAUGUGGAUAAGACCUUGAAGCACAACCUAUCUUACCUGAGAUCCUGCGGAUUUGAACUUUCACAGAUUGCAGGUAUGGUCACCCAUUAUCCUCCUUUGUUGAUUAAGAGUAUCAACAACUCUCUCAAGCCGCGGAUUAGGUUUUUGGUGGAUGUGAUGGGAAGAGGAAUUGAUGAAGUUGCUGAUUAUCCGGACUACUUCAGGCAUGGGUUGAAGAGGACCUUGGAAUUGCGGCAAAAGCUUUUGAUGGAGAAGAAGGUAGAGUGUAGCCUGAGUGAGAUGCUGGACUGUAAUGAGAAGAAAUUCAUGUCUAGGUUUGCUUUAGUGUAGUCUAGUAAGACCAUGCUAUAUUACACUCUCUCAUUACUUCUUUCUUGCUUUGCUUACCUCUGAUUUGGUUUAAUGACCAGCUAAGUAUUAAAUUUGUACUUUGAGUUUUUGCGCCAAUUUAUGGGUAGCCAAAAGUACGGAAAUGAGUGCCACUGUGCCAGUAUGAAUUAGAGGAUCAAGGUAAAACUUGAGCACUGAAAUGGGCGUUACUUUGAUAAAAGACCCGAGAUACUUGAUUGUUGAUACUCGUAUGCUAAAAUGUCAUUAGCGUCAUAUUGUG